CAAAUGGCUACAGAAAAACUCAUGAAGGAUUGGGUCUCACCUAUAUAUGCUUUUUUUCACCCGACACCGGCAAUCGAGUAUCACGAGCAGUGCCACUGCCAUGUCUUCAAAUGUGCAGCCCACGGCUGCAACCACAAAUCAACAAGCAACAUGCGUAAGCAUGUGAAGAGCUGUUGGGGUGACGCAGCAUUACAAGCUGCAGUUGAUUGCGGCAACACGAAAGCGGCACGCGAUGGGCCAAUCAAGAGUCUGCUUGAAACAGGGUCAAUCAAAACUUCGUUUGAUCGCAAAGGCAAGGGGAAAAUUACUUACUCACAUCGGCAAUACACACGAGCAGAAUCACGUGCCGAGAUUGUGCGAUGGGUUUCAGAGAGUCUGCAAUCCUUUGAGAUUGUCAAGGAUCGAGGAUUCAUCUCGUUAAUGAAAACGGGACGGCCAGAAUACUACAUACCUGCACCGAAAACUGUUGCACGAGAUGUCAGGUUGGUGUUUGUUAAAACACGGAGACAUAUAGCAAGAAUGCUGCAGGACUAUACCGGCAAGCUGAACUCCGCGACUGAUGCAUGGACUUCGCCGAAUCAUCGCGCAUAUGUCGCAGUAUCCGUCCAUCUUGAGCAUGAGGGACAGCCGCUAUCCAUGAUCCUUGAUAUCAUUGAGGUUUCCAAGGUAAAAGUAAACGGAAAUAUAGACAUACCUCUAACUGACUAG